AUGGAAGGCCACAACUAUACCAAAGUCGUUGAAUUCAUCAUUGUGGGAUUCCCUCAUCUUCAGCACCUCCGGACUCUCCUUUUCAUUUUGCUCCUCACUGUCUACCUCUUCACCAUCUUCGGUAAUCUGUUGGUUUUCAUGGUCAUCCGCAUAGAUUGCCAGCUUCAAACACCCAUGUACUUCUUCAUCAGCAUUCUUUCCUUCUUGGAGAUCUGGUACACAGCAACCACCAUUCCCAAGAUGCUGUCCAACCUAGUUAGUAAAAGAAAAAGCAUAUCCUUCACAGGGUGCCUUCUUCAGACAUACUUUUUCCACUCUCUUGGAGCCACUGAGUGCUACUUGCUUACCGCCAUGGCCUAUGACAGGUACCUCGCCAUUUGUAAGCCCCUGAGAUACCCUUCUGUAAUGACAACCAAAAUGUGUGUACAGAUGGCCACCAGCUGCUGGAUCUGUGGUUUCACGUGCCCCAUCACAGAAGUCAUCCUGGUCUCCAAGCUACCUUUUUGUGGCCCCAACCAGAUCCAGCACAUCUUCUGUGACUUCCCGCCACUGCUGAGCUUGGCUUGUACGGACACCUCAGUCAACGUCCUGGUUGACUUUGUGGUCAACGCUUUCAUCAUCCUAGUGACUUUCUUGUUCAUCAUGGCCUCCUACGUGAAGAUCAUCCAAAUGGUGUUGAAGAUCCAGACCGCCGAGAGCCGUGAGAAAGUUUUCUCAACCUGUGCCUCCCAUUUGACAGUAGUUCUCCUUUUUUUUGGAAGCAUCAUCUUCAUGUAUGUGAGACUGAAGACAAGCUACUCCUUAGAGUACGACAGAGCAUUUGCCGUCAUCUACGCUGUCCUGACUCCAUUAGUCAAUCCUAUAAUUUACAGCCUUCGAAACAAAGAAAUCCUGAGGGCAAUAAAGAGGAGAAUUCACCUGAACAGCCUUCUCAGACCUUGA